GAAGCACGUGUGUGUGUCCUGUGUACCGUAUAGCGUGACUCAAACCACAACGACAGCCACUCCAUAGAUGUGUCAAUCAAUGCAACAAAGAUUUUAGAUAAAUCACUUUUGUUCAUUCAAGACUAUGGGGAAAAUUUUUAUAAUUUUCCCCAAACAUACAAAGAACACCAAGUAAAAUUCCCCCGUGCUUUCUGGCCACCGCUGCAGCUCUCCCUGCUGCUCCACACAAGGAGAAGAGAUUCUUUUGACUGUGCAAAUUGUCACUGUCGUAAACUGUGAUUGAGGUUCACUGAACGAGGAUAUCGAAAGCAAACGCCAACGUCGACAUUAAAAACAGACUGAACAUAAGCUCUUGCUUGUUACAAUUGCAGGCCAAGAAUAGUAACGAAAAUUUAUUCACAUCUGGAUUUGGAAGAAUUUUUUGCUUACGUGCGGACUUUUGGUUCAUGUCAUGAAUCGUCAUGUGGACGUAUAUGAUGGCUGCUGCCCGUGGCGAUCGGGCCAACUCUAUGAUGGCGUCAAGACGUCGCAAUGAAAGUGAAUCACCAAAAUAUGGUUACAACCUCUCCCGUCCCAUGUACCGUUCCAUACGCCACAAUAAUGGACCAUCAGCACAAUGCCAUACUACAACAUUGGGUGGCUCAUAUCCUUAUACCACUGCAACGAGUCAUUAUGGCAGUAGCACCACCUCGGCCACCAGCACAUCCGGUGCUUCCAAACAUCAGCAGCAGCAACAUCAACAGCAACAUCAACAACUGCUGCAGUCUCAUGAAACGGGUCAACAUCAGCACCAGCAACGUUCCCAUCAUCACAUCAUUGGCAUUGAUGAUGAUGUUUACACUAAUCCAGUUAGCAAUGUUACAGCGUAUGACGACAUGGAAGACAGCACCAGCCUCUUUUCGCCCCUUGCACCCACCAGUACGAGUGGCAUGCCCGUUGAUACGGCUGUCCUUAUAGCCCGAAAACAUCGCCUGAUGUCUUCCAAUUCCAGUGCCACCAACAACAGCCAAAUGCACAUGACACAGCCUGGAGAGAUGAUGAUGAUGGAUGUCUCCGAUGAGCAUCGCCAGCAGCAUAUGCAGCACUCCUCCUAUGUUGGCAGUCAGGCCGCUGUGAUACGUUUGCCCCCAUCAACGUCACACAAACUAUCUUCGACGGCGAAGGCGGCGGCGACCUCUUAUUAUAAUGAAAGUGAUGAGGACGAUGAUUAUGCCCAAAUUGUUCGAUGUUCAUCGGGCGACUCGGCGACAGCAGCCAGCAUCCGCCAGUCGGUAAUUGAUCAUCAGCGAAGUAUACGAAAGCUGGAAAGUUGCGGCAACAACAAGGCACCAUUGGAUGGCAGCGGCUAUGAUGUUCCAGAGGCUGAGGCUGAUGAUGACAACGAACAUGUCGAUGAUGAGGAUGAGGACGAAGACGAUGCCGAGGAGGAUGAUGUGAGUAACAGCAAUGGCAUAAGCACAGAUAGAAAAAGAAGAAGAACCAAUUACCUGGAAAAUGGCAAACGAAUGUCACAGGACCAAACGAAACGCUCCAAACCCUCAACACUACGUCGCACAUUAAAUGCCCUGCGCCAACGACUAACCAAACGAAAUCGUCCCAAGCCACCCGAUUGGUUUGUGGAACGUUUCUCCAACAAUACCAACGCCGAUAAAAAUGAAAAACAACCAGCCUCCACACAAGUCAGUACGACUAAUGAGAGCGCCACAGCGGAAGCGGGACCAGCAUGUGAAAUACGCGGCUCGAGUAGGCUGUGCAAUCGUUUGUCGGUGAAUCCUUCUCUACAGUCACACUAUCGGUGGCUGGCAGUUGUCUCAUUAGCUGUGUUAUAUAAUAUCAUAUUUGUAGUGGGUCGUGCCGUUUUCUGGGAGAUCAAUCAGAGGGCAACACCCGUUUGGUAUACACUAGAUUAUUUAUGUGAUUUUAUCUAUUUAAUGGAUACACUCGUCCAUAUGCAUGAAGGCUAUUUGGACCAGGGCCUUUUGGUGCGAGAUGCCUAUAAACUGCGCCGUCAUUAUUUCACAAACAAAGGCUGGUACAUCGACAUUCUGUCCAUGCUGCCCACCGACAUCUCCUACAUCUGGUGGCCGCCUAGUAAAUGUGGCCCCAGUUUCCUACCCUGUGCUGUGAUUGUACGACUCAAUCGUCUGCUAAGACUACCUCGCAUGUGGGAGUGGUUCGAUCGCACCGAAACUGCCACAGGUUAUCCAAAUGCCUUUCGCAUCUGCAAAGUGGUGUUGGCCAUUUUGGUGCUGAUCCAUUGGAAUGCCUGCAUGUAUUUUGUCAUCAGCUAUGCCUUGGGUUUCGGCACCGAUAAUUGGGUGUACAACCUAAAUGGGGAACGCAACAGUACAUUGCAGCGUCAGUACAUCUACAGCUUCUAUUGGUCCACGUUGACACUAACGACCAUUGGAGAGACGCCAACGCCGGAAAAUGAUGCUGAAUAUUUAUUUGUGGUGGCAGACUUUUUGGCUGGUGUGCUGAUAUUUGCCACCAUUGUGGGUAACAUUGGUUCUAUGAUCUCUAAUAUGAAUGUGGCACGUGUGGAAUUUCAAAAUCGCAUGGACGGCGUCAAGCAAUACAUGGCCUUUCGCAAGGUGGGCCAUGAACUGGAGGCCCGUGUCAUACGAUGGUUUGCCUAUACCUGGUCUCAAAGUGGUGCUCUGGAUGAGGAGCGUGUUCUUGCCGCACUGCCCGAUAAGUUGAAAGCCGAAAUAGCCAUUCAAGUUCACAUGGACACGCUGAGACAGGUGCGUAUUUUCCACGACACCGAACCGGGCUUGUUGGAGGCAUUGGUGUUAAAGCUAAAAUUACAAGUAUUCAGUCCCGGCGACUACAUUUGCCGCAAAGGAGAUGUGGGCAAGGAAAUGUACAUUGUCAAGCGUGGCAAACUGUCCGUGGUGGCCGAUGAUGGUGUGACUGUCUUCGCCACCUUGGGUGCCGGUUCUGUGUUUGGUGAAGUCUCUGUGCUGGAAAUUGCCGGCAAUCGCACUGGCAAUCGUCGUACUGCCAAUGUUCGUUCCUUGGGCUAUUCAGAUUUAUUUUGCUUGGCCAAACGUGACCUAUGGGAGACGCUGGCCGACUAUCCUGAGGCGAGAGCCACCCUCACGGAGCGAGGAUGUCAGUUGUUACGCAAGGAUGGUUUGUUGGAUGAGCAAGUUUUUGCGGAUUCCCAACGUGUUCAUGACACCAUUGAGAGUGGCAUUGAAAAACUAGAGGUUUCUGUGGAAAAUCUCAACAUGAGACUGGCACGUUUGCUGGCCGAAUACACUGCCAGCCAAGCCAAAAUGAAGCAACGUUUGGCGAAACUCGAACUGAAUUACCAAUUAACACAAAGCAUCUCACUGACGGAGCAACAUGCGCGACCUCCUCGCAGUGGGCGCCUCUAUUCACUGCAACCCAAAAAACGUCCAAGGUCGAGACCAGCGAGUGCUUCCAAGUCCAACGAUAAUAAUAAACAGAACACCUUGUAAGAUUUCAAGGAGUAACAGCAACAGAUGUAUCCUGGCGCCCUCCUGCCCCUAUCCGAAUGAUGUAACGGUUUCAAAGAAAUCCUAAGUUACCCCCUCACUUUGCUGAAAUUUCAAAUGGAAUGUAAACUAUGUAAGAUUAUUACUACUACAUAUUAUUUUCUUUCGUUUGGUUCUCUGAAAUUCAUGUGAUGUCACAAUAGGAGUGCUUUGUGAUUAUUGAAGAGGCUUUGCAAAAUUACUGAAGGAACUUUUCAGUAAAUGUGAGUUUCUAGUUAUCAGAAUGGUAGGUUUUAAGUUCCUAAAGUAGUGCGUUAAGUUGCUAAAAGGUGUUUUACUUCACUUAAAAAGAGUAAAAAUAUAAAAAUCAAGUCAAACAAUCUAUAACUAUAUUUAUACUCUGCACCACCACUGUGGUACAAGAUACUAUAACUUAGUGCUUUUGUUUGUAAAACCCAGGAAAAAAGAUGAUAAGUAUACCGAUCGACUCAGAAUUACUUCCUGAUUCGAUUUAUCUAUGUCUGUCUGUCUUUUCAUGUUAAUUUGUGUACAAUCAACAGGUUGCAAUUUUCGUCCGAUCAUCUUCAAAACUGAAACUGGCAGCUUUUUGUGGCCAAGAGACAAAGCCUAUUGAAAAUCGAAAAAAUAUUGUAUGUUCAGAUUUGAAUAAAACUCCUUUACGUUCGUUCGAUUUGGAACAAUAUUGCAUUAGUGUGCCCAUUUAUUAAACGAUUAUAUCAAAAUUUGACAGAAGGGAUUUUUAUACCCACCACCGAAGGAUGGGGGUAUAUUCACUUUGUAGUUCCGUUUGCAACCCAUCGAAAUAUCCAUUUCCGACCCUAUAAAGUAUAUAUAUUCUUGAUCAGAGUAAAAGUCGAUCUAGAUAUGUUCGCCCGCCUGUCCGUGCUUCUGUCCGUCCGUCUGUCUGUUGAAA